UAUUUUAUCGAAUAUGCUUGUCAAACAUGGUUGGUUGGUGUGAUCUCAGCAACCCAGGAAGGAGAAAGGAAGGAAGAAAGACGUACUUAACAUUCCCAUUGUUAUUAUUUAACCGAGCACUGGGAGCUAGGGUUCUUGAGAGGGCGACCGAUCGAUGGCGGCAAAUGCGGGCAUGGCGCGCGCGCUGGUGGCCCGAUCCACAUUCCUCGGCGGCGAUGGGCGCUGCUCGUCACCGGCUUCACAGGUAUCGCCAUUCUCCCGCGUCAGGAUCGGGCACCCCGAUCGGCGGCAGCGCGAGAUUUCGUGCACGGCGACGGUAGGCACCGGGAUUGCGCCGUCGUCGCGGAUCGAGAGCAUCGAGAACGAUGGCAGGGUUUACAACUUCGCGGCCGGGCCGGCGACGCUGCCCGCCAAUGUGGUGAAGAAGGCGCAGCAGGAUCUCUACAACUGGCAGGGCUGUGGGAUGAGCAUCAUGGAGAUGAGCCACCGGGGGAAAGAAUUUCUUUCCGUGAUCCAAAAGGCCGAGGCAGAUCUUCGAGCGCUGCUGGCCAUUCCAGACAACUACGAGGUCCUCUUCUUGCAAGGCGGGGCUUCCACGCUCUUCUCGGCUAUCCCGCUCAACCUUUGCUCGCCGGAGGACACUGCCGACUUCAUCGUCACGGGCUCCUGGGGCGACAAAGCUUACAAGGAAGCGCAGAAGUACUGCAAGGCGAAUCUCGCGUGGAGCGGCAAGGCCACCAAGUACACCUCCAUUCCAUCGUCAGGGUCGGAGCUCAAGCUCACUCCAGGUGCCAAGUUCGUCCAUGUCUGCACCAACGAGACGAUCCACGGAGUGGAAUUCAAGGACUGGUAUCCGGCGGUCGGGGAGGGGACGAUCCUGGUGGCGGACAUGUCCUCCAACUUCUGCUCCAAGCCGGUGGAUGUGUCCAAGUUCGGGGUGAUCUACGCCGGCGCGCAGAAGAACGUCGGGCCGUCCGGGGUGACGAUCGCGAUUGUGAGGAAGGACUUGGUGGGCGGUGCGCAGCCGAUCACUCCCGUCAUGCUCGACUUCAAGACGCACGCCGACAACAAGUCGCUCUACAACACGCCGCCGUGCUUCGCCAUCUAUAUGUGCGGGCUUGUUUUCGAGGACCUCCUCCACCAGGGCGGGCUGGAAGCCAUAGCCAGGAAGAACAAUGACAAGGCCGAGAUCUUGUACCGGGCCAUCGAUGGCAGCGACGGUUUCUACAAGUGCCCGGUGGAGGCAUCGGUGAGGUCGGUGAUGAACGUUCCUUUCACCAUGGCGUCGCCGGAGAUGGAGGCCGCGUUUGUCAAGGAGGCUGCUGGCAAAGGGAUGGUGCAGCUCAAGGGGCAUCGCUCGGUUGGGGGCGUGAGAGCGUCCAUCUACAACGCCAUGCCCAGGGCGGGCGUGGAGAAGCUGGUGGCGCUCAUGAAGGAUUUCCAGGCAAGGCAUCAGGCCAAGUAAACUCCUUUUUCGGCAUUCUGCAUUCUCUUUUCACCCUUGCAACUUUAAGCUAAAUAAUGAUAAUGAAUUGUUUUGAUCGUUAACAAAUUAGCAUGGCACAAACAAAAUGUGUAUCGUUCAUUUAAAUUUGAUUGAUUGAAUGUUGCUUUGAGUA